AUGUUGUUGUGGAGGAUUGGAGUAGACGCCCUCCCUACGAAGGUGAAUCUAAACCGAAAGCUUAAUCAUAUUGAUCCUACAUGCAUCUCAUGUAACUCUGGAGAUGAAACUUGUGUACACCUCUUCUUCGAAUGUCCAUUUUCCAGGGCUCUUUGGGAUUCAGCUUGCUGGGGUAUUAGAUUUAAUGGCUCCUCCUUUGUUUCCAAUGAGGACAUUGUUAAGCUCAUUAUAUCUCCCCUAAGCUCUCCACUCCCAGCUCAUGAUCAAUGCACAAUUUUGCUCAAAAUGGCGAUAAUUGUUGAUGAGAUUUGGAGGACAAGGAACCUGACUCAAUUCCAAGAAGGUAAUGUUGACAUUCACAAGUCGAAGCAAAUUGUGCUUUCAAGAUUCGUAGAGCUCUCUAAGACCUUCUCUGUCUUGAAUACUACCCUUUCUGUGCAACCCAUUUCUGUGUGGACCCCUCCCCCCCUAGGCUGGAUCAAGCUCAACGUAAACGCCGCACUGAACAACUCCAAAUCUGCUUUAGCUGUAGUUGCCAGGAAUUACACUGGUGAGAUUUUGUUUAUUUGGUGCUCUGGUUAUCAUCUUUGUGCACCAUCUCAAGCAGAAGUAGCGGCCACUCUGUGGGCAGUCCACCUUGCAAUACAAGAACAUUGGAAGUAUGUUAUUAUUGAAGGGGAUGCACUAGUGUGUAGGGGUGUCCUUGCAAACCGAAGACCCGCCGGAACCGACCAACCCGACCGGAACCGACCCGUCACGGUCGGGUUGACACCUCCGACGGGUCGAUGA